AUGCUUCACAGAAAAAGGUGUGCCAGUGAGAAUGGAAAGAUGAGAUCUGUGCCCAGAGACCUCUUCCCUUCGGGCACAACGACUCGUCUUGACGCCCGCUGCGCCACCUGCACCGGCACAGCACCGCGCUGCGCCGCACCACACGCCGCCACUUUGCCUCAAACAGGGACAUCGGUGUCAAAGAGCCUUCGGCGCACCUGGGAUGCGAAGGAGGGGCAAGAGAGAGGUCGCGGCCAGGUUUUAUUUCUAAUCAUAUGGCUUGUGUCAUGUCUUGAACCCUCAUCGCACGCGCGAUGGAAGGGCGACAGUCAUCUCAUCAACGCCAACGUCAAGCGCGACAGUUACUCAUCAACCCCAGCACCCUCCCCCUUCGCCAUUCAUCCAUCCCUGCGCACGACCCGCCGCGAUGAAAGGCUGCCUGCACGCGAGCCCUACGUCACGUGGGCCGCCUGCUCGCCCGAGGCACACACGGCGGCGCCAGGCCGAGACGCUCUCAAAGCAGCAAUAGUUGUGGCAGGGACCAACUCCCCUUCGCGUGCGCGCCGCGAGAGCGCAGCAGCGAGCAGGUACGCGCGACUCGUUCCCCCGCGCAGCAGCGCCGCCCACACGCCGCGGAGCGUCGUCGAACCACACGUGACGUCACGCCUCCGCGCGGCGGCAACGGGCGGCGGCGAGGAUCGGAGCGGCGCGGCGCGGCACGCGGGAACGCGGCGUCGGCAACGGCACGGCCACCACACAACGGGCAUCGGCGCGAGCCGGCGGGAGAGCGAGUCCGACUACGCCAGUGCGUGCAGACGCGUGCGUGUGCGUGCGGCGGAGAGCAAGCGAGCGCGUGCCGGGGCGUGCGGUGACAUGCGAGGCCCCACGGCCGCCGUCCUCCUGCCGGCGGUGCUGCUGCUGCUGCUGCUGCUGCUGGCGGCUGGUGGCACGGCCGGUGAGGACGGCGCGAGGACGGAAGCACCGUCGGACGCGGCCGUCGCAGCCGCCGCCAGCGGUGGGCAGAAGCGCGUGCUGUACAAGUGCUGCGAGGUGGGCGAGGUGUGGGUGUACGACGACGCCGACAACGCCGCCAGCGGCUGCCACAACGCCACGGUGUGGCUGCCGCCGGACAGCGUCGGCCAGGUGCAAUGGGAGCGGGAGCUGCGCGACCGCCGCUUCCAAGACGUUCAGGUGGGCCACCCGAAGUGCACGACCACGCAGCUGUGGCCGCUCUACCACUUCGAGAACGGCGAGCACGACGAGCUGGAGCUGCUGGCCAACGGCCGGCUGCGCCACUACACGCGCUCGCACGCGCCGCCCGAGCACCCGGACCUGCACUACGACCGCGACCCGCAGCGCGGGCGCGGGCGCGGGGGCGUGGCCGGGGCCGGCGUCGGAGCCGAGGCCGGCGAGGAGCGGCCCCGCGGCCCGCCGGUCUUCGACCUGGACGCCGCCGACGCCGAGGCCGAGCAGGACGCCCUCGACAAGGAGCACGGCACGCGCUUCUUCCACGACUACGCGCCGGGCGCCUACUGCGUCGACAGGAUUGUAGGCCGUCAAUUUGAUUUCAAAGCACAGUAUGCAGUGGUAUGUGCACCUCAUGUGCAAGCCCCACUUAAUGGAACGGACUUCAUAAUGAAGCGAAUUGUGAAUCCAGUGUGCCAUGGUAUUGCCAUUGCUUGCUACUUGCUAGUGGCAGUGCUCUACUUUGUUCUCCCACAGUUACGUGAUUUGGUAGGAAACAUGCUCACGACAUUGGCAAUAUGUCUCAUUGUAAGUCAAGCAGCAGAUCUUGUGAGCAUCUUCACCCAGUAUACCAACCAUGUAUCUUUCCUUGUGGCAGAUGUAGUAAUGUAUGUAAGUCUUCUGGCAGCUUUCUUCUGGCUCAAUAGCCUGGGAUAUUAUAUAUGGAAGACUUUCAGGUCCCGCAAUGUGUUUCUACGUGUAACUGAUGCUCGUAAAUACUGCUAUUAUUCCACAUAUGCCUGGGGAGCUACACUAGCCAUGGCUGUAAUUGCAUUAUUUGCACAUUUCAUGCUGGAUACAUCAAGGCCAGAAGUACGAGACUCAGCAGGCAAACAAGAAACAAUAGGGAGACUUGGUAUUGCAGUAUUUUUCACACCCAUUGCCUUUACAAUCCUAGUCAACAUAUUCUUCUAUUUGACAACUGGGCAGGCCAUAAGCCGAAUUGCAACAAGAGGAAGAAUACAUCAUAAGAUGAAAUACUGCUUUGAUAUGUUUGUCAAACUCUUCCUUGUCAUGGCUGUGGCUUGGUUGUUCCUUGUCUUGGCAAGACUGCCAUAUGAUGUGUUAGACUACUGCAACAUUGUUGCAAACUUACUGCAAGCCUUCUUUUUCUUGUACGUCACUGUCCUUGGACAGAAGCGAGUAACAAUGCUCAUAAAGCAAGCAUUUUGUAGUAACCCAGAAGGGCAAGAUACUGCAGAAUGGGGAGAAGAAAUGUCACCAAUGAGUUCUGCACAUUAUUAACAAACAUGUGCAAAUUUACAAGGAAUAAAAGAGCACUUAAUUUUAUAUCCCUUUUUGGGUAUUGCUUCAAAUGAGCUCAAUUGAACAGAGAGAAAACAUGGACAAGAUUUUGAACAAUUUGUUUCUCUCAUUUCCUAUUGUGUGUAUUUAUUUUUUUAUGAUUUGCCAAUUAAAUAAAGUUAAGAAUGUAUUUAUGAUUAUUACUGAUAACAUCUGUCCCAAAAUAAUCAUGUGCUCGUUCAUAUAUACUAUUAAUGCUGCAGCAGAAAAUUCAAACUGGCUUGUCAAUCCAUCAAAAUAUAUUUUAGCCUAAUUGAAAAACUGCUUUGUUCAGUAACAAGAGAAAUGAAUGUAUCAUUCAUUCAUUCUCUCAACUUCACAUUUGACACAUCACUCUGAACAAAACAGUGAAAAUGUGAAAUUUUAAGAGGAAAGAAGUAGAAGUGGACAAAGCCAGUGUAAGAAUUGAGUUCAGAUGAAAUGAAUCUGAUGACGUAAAUCUGUCAUGUUGAUAUGAUCUGUACUUACAAUUUACAUUUUUUUAUUAAAAUAUUUUAUAAAUAUUUUGACUCAUUUCACCCAUAUAAUCUGACAUUUUAAAGUAAUAAAAUAUACCCCUCUUUUCCUGUUUC